AUGUCAGAAGAAGUUGCUGCUGCUCCAGCUAUAUCAGCCCCAUCUCAAUUUAUCUCAAAUAUUUCAGGUGCCAAAGUUAUUGUUAAACUAUAUUCAGGUGAAGAAUAUCAUGGUACUUUAGAUUCAAUUGAUGGUUAUAUGAACAUCACACUAGAGGAAACACAAGAAGUUGUUAGUGAUAAAGUAACAAGAAAAUAUGGUGAUGUAUUUAUCCGUGGUAAUAAUGGUAAGUUUUUUAUUAAAAUUAGUUUUAAUUUAAGUUCAAUUGUACUAACCUUUUAUAAUAGUGCUCUACAUAUCACAAGCUUAAUUCCAUACCUUUUUUCCAAUACAAUGUAA